AUGAUGAACCGCCCAAAUGGGACCAAUGAGAGAGGGAAAGAAACAAAAUCAUCAGUCGCCCUGAAGGAAUCGAACCCUCCUCAACAAAACGAAUCUUUCAGUCAAAGACACAUCGAUAAAAAAGGGGAGAAAUCCCCGGUAGGCAAACCAGUCAAACCAAUCAGAUCACUGCAUCAUGAUAGAGACACACGACACAGGAGUUAUCCCCACAGUGGGCACUCUCCCCUAAAGGGGAAGAAACAACACCACACUACCAACACGAAGCAAGAUUUCAACAACCUUAACGAAGUUACGAAGAAGGAUGCGCUUGAAGAACAUUUAAACAAAAGGGUACUAACCGAAGACGAGGGGGAAGUCGCCGAGAAGGAGGGAGUUGUCCUCCCUUGGCACCACACACCCUCCUCAUCCAUAAUCCUAGACAAGACAAAAGAUGAUAACCAAAGUUGGAAAAACUCACAAGAAAGAAAAAAAAAAAAAAAAAAAAAUACAUCCCUAUUUGAAAAAUUCAAACAACAAGAAUUAAAUUCAAAACAACGUUCAUGGACACCUAUCGGACUCAUCAUAGCCUACACAAGUGUCUCCGUAACAUUUAUCAUGUUAGGUCUAUUGCUCAUUGCUCUAUCUACCACGAGAAAGGAGUGCAGAGUGCCUUACGGUGGGAAGGAUGCAAAUGCACAAUCCAUACAAGUAGAAAUCAACGAAGCCUUCUGUCAGGGACCCGCAAGGCCAUUCCACAAACAUGCCUACAUUUACUACGAGCUCCAUAAUUUUUAUCAAAAUCAUAAGAAGUAUCUUAUGUCCAAGUCCCACAACCAGUUGAUGGGCACCGUGUACACCCGGCCAGACGACCUGGCGCAGUGUUUUCCUCUCGCCCAGAACAAGGAAGGAAAGGUACUGCACCCAUGUGGCCUCGUCGCACGCAGUGUCUUCAACGACACGUUCACCUUAUAUAGAGACAAAACACACAAGGAACAGAUCGAACUGGACGAGUCGAAAGAAGCAAUCACCUGGUACAGCGACCUGAACAAAUUUAAAAACCCAUCACAAGAACAAAUGGACGACAAUAAAGAACAAGUUGAUUUCUGGCUCAUGAGAGAAAAAUAUAUUAAUCUCCUUAAUAUGAGCGAAAAAAACGGUUUUGGGGUAGAGAAUUCUCACUUCAUUGUCUGGAUGAAGACAGCUGCACUAUCUGAAUUUCGCAAAAGGUAUGCGAGGCUCAAUGAAGAACUUGCUUUACCAAUUUACGUUAAAAUAGAGAACAAUUUCCCCGUGAAGAAAUUUCAUGGGAAGAAAUAUUUGAUCAUAGCAGAGGGCUCCGUUUUUAUCAACGAGAAGUCGCGUUCCUUUGGCGUGCUAUAUGUCAUCAUCGGGGUCGUGUCUCUUUGCAUUGCCCUCUGCCUCGUGUACAACCAAUUGAAGCGCCCCCGACUCAUGGGACACAUUUAG